CGUUUUGCCGGCGUCGUCAGUUCGUGUCCGUUAUGCCGAACGUGCGGACCUACCGCACCACCAUGCACACAGGUCCGGGGCAUGUGCUCCACGUGAUCGCGAUCGCACUCGUCACCUUAGCCGCCGUCCUGCCGCCGUCCCGCGGAGAACUCGUAGUCGGUGGCGUGGUUACGGGUAGACACGCAGACCAUACUGACCAUCCACAACCACGUGAUCACGAAAAACCACCGGAUCGGGGUGUCGCAUUCCGACCACAGGACGUGGCACAUACACAUCAAGGAGCUCAGGGAGUCCGACAAAGGAUGGUACAUGUGCCAGAUCAACACGGACCCGAUGAAGAGUCAGCUGGGCUUCUUGGAUAUAGUCGUUCCGCCGGACAUACUGGACUAUCCGACCAGCACGGACAUGAACGUCCGGGAGGGCAGCAACGUGUCACUGAGAUGUGCGGCUUCGGGGUCACCCGCGCCCAACAUCACGUGGCGCAAAGAAGGCACGGAACUCAUACGGCUGGAACGCGGCCAGCAAGUGCACAGUGUUGAAGGGCCAGUCCUGAAUCUGACACGAAUCAGUCGCUCUCACAUGGGAGCGUAUUUGUGCAUAGCGUCCAACGGCGUGCCACCAUCAGUCAGCAAACGCAUCAUGUUAGUGGUAAAUUUCCCGCCGAUGAUAUGGAUACAGAACCAGCUGAUCGGAGCGUACGUGGGCCAAUCGCUGACGCUCGAGUGCUUGUCCGAGGCGCAUCCCAAGUCGAUCAACUAUUGGACCCGAGAGGCUGGCGAGAUCAUUGCUCAUGGAGAAAAAUAUGAACCGGAAGAGUUUGUCACCGAACAAUAUAAGACUCGAAUGAAACUUACAAUCAAGUCGGUUACAACAGAAGAUUAUGGCACGUACAAAUGUUUGUCUCGAAACGCACUUGGAGACACCGAUGGAACGAUAAAAGUAUAUCAAGUGGCUAAUAACGGUGGACACAGCACAACACGUCCGAAACACAGAUACAAGAACCGAAACCGGACCAGAAUGCUAAUGCCAUCGAAUGAUAUUAGUGACUCGGCGUUCUUAUUGGAAGAUGAAAAUAAAGAACUGGACAAUUAUGAUGAAGAAAUAUCCGAUGGUUUCGAUUCAGGAUCGUGGUCACAGAAAUUAUCGUUUUACACCGUAAUACUGUGUUUAAUGUUCAUGUACGCGCACGGAUAACUUCAAUAUCUGUACUUCGCCGUCUCCUUCAUGGUGGAACAUAUUUAACUAUAUACAAACAUAUUAUACAAUAUUAUUUUGCUAUGUAUAUCAUUUUAUUUGAACAUUGUUUUUA